AUGAGGCUGCCUGCCAUAGUCCUGCACACAUGGUCACCUGCCAUAGACCUGCACACAGGGUCGCCUGCCAUAGACCUGCACACAGGGCUGCCUGCCAUAGUCCUGCACACAGGGUCGCCUGCCAUAGACCUGCACACAUGGUCACCUGCCAUAGACCUGCACACAUGGUCACCUGCCAUAGACCUGCACACAGGGUCGCCUGCCAUAGACCUGCACACAGGGUCGCCUGCCAUAGACCUGCACACAGGGUCGCCUGCCAUAGACCUGCACACAGGGUCGCCUGCCAUAGACCUGCACACAGGGUCGCCUGCCAUAGACCUGCACACAGGGUCACCUGCCAUAGACCUGCACACAGGGUCGCCUGCCAUAGACCUGCACACAGGGUCGCCUGCCAUAGACCUGCACACAGGGCUGCCUGCCAUAGACCUGCACUCAGGGCUGCCUGCCAUAGACCUGUACUACCAUCACAAGCAGCCUAAUGUAAUAUCAUGGAUAAGGCUGCACCCCUAA